CACAUGAAGUCACCCACAUGCUAAUCUUACCCCAUAUCAUUCUCUCAAACUAGUCAUGGUGCCACACAGGUCACCAUAGCAUUGACACAAACACUCACACGAGCUAUUCACUACUGUAAAACCACGGUGGCGCUUUUCGCCGGAAAAAAAACCCGACCCGAAAUUCUCACCCGACUUCAAUUCCUCACUCAAAAUCUCACUCCCAAAUUCCCAAUUUCUUCCUGUACGAAAUUCCCAGUAACUUAUCUGAGAUUCUGAGCAUUUUCAUUUCUCAGAUUUGUACAGGAAAUCUUGAAAAACCCAAAAUUCAGAGGUACCCAGAAGCGUAAUUCAACAUGAGAAGCGCAGGGAAAGGUAGCCAGGAUGAGGAUGAGUACGAAGACGACGACUUUGGCUCCAAGAAAGAUGGCCCUUCUUCCAAUUCAUCCAAUCCCAAUAGUAAAGAUGCUAAGAGCAAUGAUAAGGCUAGUGCUAUAAGAUCGAAGCAUUCGGUGACGGAGCAGCGGAGAAGGAGCAAGAUCAAUGAGAGAUUCCAGAUAUUGAGAGAUCUAAUACCCCAUAGUGAGCAAAAACGAGAUACGGCAUCGUUCUUGCUGGAGGUGAUCGAGUAUGUGCAGUAUUUACAGGAAAGGGUAAACAAGCAUGAAGGUUCGUGCCAGGGGUGGAGUGCAGAGCCGACAAAGUUAAUGCCAUGGAGAAAUAGCCACUGGCGUGUUCAAAGUUUUGCUGGUCAUCCUCAGCCGAUAAAGAAUGAUAUUGGUGUAAUUUCACCAUUUCCUGGAAAGUUUGACGAAAAUAACAUCUCUAUUAACAGCACACAGAAUCCAGUAGAAUCUGAACCUAGCAGGGAUGUUGCAUCUAAAAUCAUGGAUCAGCAAACUGAGAUAGUGAAUAAGGGACUUCCUCCACCUAUGCAUCUGCCAGAAAAUCUGCUUCCCGCUGUCAGAAGUGAUGGUAUGCUUGCCCAUCCUCUGCACGGACCAAUUUCUGAUGCUCAGUCAACUCAAUGUCCCACUACCAGUGGUGAUGCACUGAAUCAACAGGAGCAUCUGACUAUCGAAGGUGGAACAAUAAGCAUAUCAAGUGUUUACUCACAAGGGUUAUUGAACUCUCUGAGUCAUGCACUGCAGACUGCAGGUGUAGAUCUGUCACAGGCUAGCGUCUCAGUGCAGAUUGAUCUUGGUAAUCGCACAAACCGAGGGCUGUCUGCUGGAACACCUGCUUCUAAGGAUCAUGAGAAUCCCCAUUCGAGCAAUCAAACAAUGGCACAUUUUAGGGAUGCUGGCAGUGGAGAUGAUUCAGAUCAAGCUCAUAAGCGGCUGAAGUCAUAAGAUUUUACUCGGUAUCCAUUUCGUUCAGAUUUUACUCUCACAUUCUACUUUGGAAGUCUUAGUGCCAUCUUCUGGUUAGUGUACAUGCAUUGUGUUGUUUUCUUUAUACUAUUCCUUGAACUCAUAUGUUGAGAACCAUUUCCUUAAUAAUAGUUUUCUUUCAAGACUUGUGUUAGGGAAAGCCAUUUCAGUUGUAUCAUACAUAUUUGUUUCUAAUGGAGCCACUCAGGGCUGAUCUAUUGGUAAUAAUUGGUGUCUUGUGCAUAUAUUUUCCAGCAAACUUUCAUUACC